AUGCUGCAACAAAUGUGAGCUAUUUACUUCUUAACCGGUCAUCUUCUUAUUGGUCUAUCUUUCCUCUGGUAUUUUAAACACUUCCAUUUUGUGAAUAAUGUGUCGCUGGGUAAAUUUGGCCUGCUUAUCUGCCUGACUUCCUUCAGCAACGUACCUCUUGCACACGAGUUUCGCUUGGAGAACGGAAUAAUCGACUUGGUGCAAGUCACCGUCUCCCUUUCGCAAAAGGUACAUAAGGAGCGUUUGUCGUUCGGGUUGCAUCAAAGUUGCAAUUUCAAUUUCGAGAAUCCAGUGGCCCGGCGUUUGUUUAUAGCAUUUCUACUAACAAUUUAAAGUAGGCAUUGCUUUGCAAUUAUAGAGAAAAAUUGUUUAUAAAUACGCACUGCGGGAAUAUGCGCGCGUACCGUGUGAACUUUGUCCGUCGCCAUUGCUAUUGACGUGCACAUUUUGAUCUCUCUCUCUCCCUCACCAACACAUGAGGACUACAUUUCUCCCUGAUUUUUUCACCCACCACGGAUUAUUCGGAGUGCUUGCCUCCACAGGGCUCUGUGCCAUUUUGGCAGCCCGCUGCGUCAGCUGUUUCGCACUUCCAGCGACGUCUUUUCCCCCACAGACCGACGUGUCCGAGACUGCCAUUCACAACAAUGUGGGUGCCUCAGUGCUUAACAGUGAAACUAGGGAAUCACUAAGCUGUAUGCCAACAUUCCAUAAAUCGGAUACGCGUACCUCUGAGAGCCCACAACGGUCAAAAAGGCAUAAUCUUUCCAUUGCCAAACGGUUGUUGCUGGUGUCUGCAGAGCGUCAGAGCGAUGAGACACAGCCCGUCACCAUCGGUUCCCCUGUAACGGAAACCCGAGUCAUGACGUCACGAGGACACAGUGCCCCUCACGCAGGUGCCAUACCCUUCUGGCAGGACUUUGUAGCCAUUCUAAGGGACAUCAGGCGAGGCAAGCUGGAGAAGGCACUGGAGUACGAGACCUUUCUAGACGCCUGUUGCGUUCGCGAGGUUCUGCGUCCUACGGGAGGGGGGCACUUUAAUUCAAAUUGCUGUUCUCGUCUUGUCUACCUCAUAUCUAUGCUGAAGAUGGUUAAAAAGGCCAUUCCCGCCCACUGA